AUGUCGACGGAACACGCCGCGGAGCUCGUCAAUGCUCUCAAAGACAUCAAGGAGACCCUAGCUGCACAAACCGAGCACUUGAAGACAAACUCGUUGCUGCUCCAGGCGCUCCUAGAACUGAAUCAAAAGGAAGUGGAAAAGAGGACGGACGCUGAGCAGCGUGUAAACAAUGAAGCAACAAAACCUCCGGACGUUAAAGUUGUGGCCGAUCAGGAUAGUGGUCAACGGGAACAGCCCCGGAACAUGUCACGAGCUCUCUACGCCGACGCGCCACCUAAUUUCACAUUAACGUGGGAACUAACUGGAAAGGAUAGAGAGACUCACCAUGACAGUGAGUGGUAUAACGUUGAUGACCACAAGGACAAAGAGUGGUAUCACAUUGAUGACCACAAGUUGACAACACCGCGACCUCUGCCACGCCCUCCAGAGGAAAUGCACCGGAGUGGGAAUCUCUAUGUUCCCUAUUCUCAUAGCAGGACACGACGAUCAAGCGACAGCCGUGGACUGGAACUCGACGCAGAAACGACGGGGCUCGGCAGUCAUGCUGCUACUAUAGUAGAGGCACUGAACAACCUGUAUUCCGUACCCGCAGACGCGAGACUUCCCCUUUGCUUCGAGCCGCUGUCGCUCCGGCGCUUGAAAGUAACUGGAGAGCUGGAUGAAUACCUUCUCGAGGCCACUCAGUUCCUGAAAGACUUACGCCAAGCCUCUGGCACUUUCAUAAUUUGGGACUAUGAUACUCUCGGCAACCACUUUUGCUAUUACCCGUCUGACCUAAGCUGGAUUAACAGAGAUCAACGGAUGGAUCGGUUUCCUAAUAUUCAGUGGCACAGUUUCUCAACCAGGCACCAGGGCGAUGAAAGGUAUCUCAAAUUGAUACCCGUGGAGAUAUACCGUGAGCAUUUCAUGUUACGGGUAAGCCGUGAGCAUUGGCAAGCCACUGAUUGGGCUGCAUGUUCUCAAAAAUACCUUCGCGUGAGAGCGCAUCUUUCGAGCCAGGGUUAUUUGGGAUUUGAUGAGCCUCAAACAAUCAGGCCCUGGUAUCGUAUAAUCGACGUCAAUGGACUCGAGUGCAUUGAUGGGGCUGACGUGGCUCGCACAUUCGUUCAGUUCCUCACUUCCAGACUCAGCCCUGCAUUAGAGUAUGAUUUCCCAGAUUCAGGGUUGACAUCGGUUGGCCAUCUACUGAUAGCUGUCUCACAACAUUUGAAGGCGGAUCCUCUUUGGGGUGCUGCAAUCACGACGAAAGGGCAAUGGGAGACGUUUCACAUCUCGUGGUAUCGCGCGUCUCCCGAACCGUACAAAUCAUCUUGGGGAUAUGGCCCUCUGUAUUUGGAGGAAGGGUCCUUUCUCAGCCGCCAAUCGUUCAGUGUCACGAUGUACUGCUCCAAUUACGAUGCGCCUAGCACUGAGGACUGCGGCCCAUAUUGGACCAUGCUCGUUCUGCCCCCGCCUCAUUUCUAUACUCUGCCCGGGGAAAAGGGGGAACCCUUCUGGAAUUCGUCGGUCUGCCUACGGACUGGGGUCUUGGAUUUCAUAGACCGUGCUUUGAAACAAGCAGCCACAGACUGGGCGGGACUCGAUCCUUAUUUCGACCAGCUUGACGCGAAGCGUGAGCUCAUAUUCGACCCGGGAAAACACGACAGCCUUCUCUUUGACGAUAGGCACUUUACUCGUUCAAGGCUCUACUUCUGGGCCAUCAAUAGCCUUGGAAGAUUUAUCCAGGAUAUCGACUUUACGAUUGAGCGAUGGGAGAUUUUUUGGAGAGAGAAUGAAGACAACUUUCGCAGAAUCGAGAAACAUCUAGUGACUGUGAACGAGCAGGCCAAAGCCAAGGGCUGUAAAAACGAACGAGGCGUUGUUGACAAGAGUGUUGAUCAACUUUGGGCUUCCAUUCUUUCACGGAUCCAAAGUCUAAAGAACACUCGCCAAGGCUUCGAAUCCAGGAGGCAGAAGAUCAUCGAGUACAGAGAUGGACUCUUCAACGCAAGCAGUGUCAUUGAGACCCGGGAAGCGACGAGACUGAGCCAAAAUGUCAAGUUAUUGACAUUUGUCAGCAUCUUCUACCUGCCGCUGGGCUUUUGCAUGUCUAUGUGGAGUAUCAACGAGAACUAUAACGCAAACAAUCUCGUCGCUGUCACCAUAUGCGUCGGAUUAGCAACCUACGUGGUGGUUGCGAACCUCGAAACAACAGUCUAUUCCAUUCGAUGCGGUCUGUCACUGUUAGUUGAGGCACCUAGGCAGCGUUUAGUCAGGAAGAUGAUGGAAGAGAGGGGCACUCGAUGGAGCUUCCUGGGCCGGGAAUUGUCGAGGGCUCAACCGAGCAGGGAGGACGCGAAGCCAAGUGAAUGGCUUGUCGUUGGGUACUGGCUCGUGACCAUAUACCGCAGCUUCAAGAACGUCCGAAGUAUGGAAAAACCUCUUUCCGAGCUAGACGCAGAACAGAACAACGCUGCCAUAAAGACCCCAACAUCCAGAAACCCAGUCAACCUCUUAAAGAGACUCCGGCCUCGUCCAGACAAGGACGUUGAGAAAGGUAACCCGCCGACAGAGAAUGUCACCACUUCCCUUGCAGGGCAGGACACAACAUCGGCUUCCGAACCAGAAGAAGCCCCUCGCCUAUAUAUGUAAAACAUCACUCCUUGCAAUACAAAAAACAAAUGCAACGUCAAACGGGCAUAUGCACCGCUGUCACCACAAUAUCCUGACCGAUGCUCCCAUCCGCUUCUCGCUCCUGCAUGCACCAUGAUGUGCCAACCCGUCUCGGCCUGUAUCCCCGACCCAUAUGAACUCCCCGCAAGCCCCGUACGUACAAGUCCAGAACCACUUCUUCAUCAUCGUUUUUUCGUCAAGGGAAUAUAAAGCACCAUCCCAGCUAACGUCGACGUAAUCCAGCUUCAUGGCUUCACCACAGCAGCACCUGGGCCUGUCAUCGGCUUCUUCCUCACUGAGACUCCCAGGAGGACUUGAGAUCCCCCAUUUCUUCCCUCUUUCAAGGGUGGUAACGGGUGAACCUUCUCCACUUGCUUUCGGUUCUUUGCUGCCAGUGCCAUGCAUCCCAUCAGCAUGACUACCACCGCGGGCAACGCCAGCAUUGCUGGGAACAGAACCAACACCAUCACCACGAUCACCCUUACGGGGAUUAACACCCUCAUCCUUCGCAGCGAUCGCAACCACAUCGAAGGAUUCACCACCAGCCCACCCAACCCACGCCAACCCAUACGGACACCGCUUACAAGCAAAGUAUUUCCGCCCUGCGUUCCCCUUUGGAUUCAGUGGACCCACGGUACAGAGCGUCGAGGGUUGAUGACAGUUGUUGCAGGGCGGACCUUGAUUUGUUUGCGCUUCCUGGGAAGCUGGCUUCGAGGAUGAUGAUGGUGAUGAUGAUACCUCGGAUUCCAAGUUUGACUUUGGUGGUGAUGUUUGCGAUGGCUCCAAUGUCGCGGGUGUAGGUAGGCCGGAGAGGCUGGCGGAGCAUGACGUCGACUCGGUGUAGGAGUCGGAACAUGACGAGGUGCGGGUUGGAAAUUGGCUGGAUGAAUCCGCUUGGACGUGGGAGCUCCGCGACAUGGAUAAAGACAUGGCGGCGAGAUCGAAGCGGACGUCGUCCUGGUGGUGUUGCUGCUUGCGUGGGUGGUUUACAGGCAUGGGUGACGCUGGCGUCGUUCCUGGCUUCUUAUGACAUGAGAUAAGUUUCGUUGACGUUUGUGAUGCCAUGGUUGCGGCCGUUUGCAAGGAACCGUUGUUAGAUUGGGGAAGGCAAGACUCGGAUCAUUAUCGACGUAGCGACGAGAGCUGGGAUCAAGGGGCUGGCCUCAUGGUGGUUAUCUUGUUCAUCUUUGGGUUGGAAAAAUAUCCGGAUCACCACCGACUUUAGUACAAGCAAUAAAAGUGCAACAAGAUAUAUGUCUUGGUGACCCGCUGCAAGAGGCCCACGACUCGUCCAAUUAUAUCAUUGUCCAUGCCUUGAUCCGUCCAAGGUCAAAUUGGAACCAAUCACAGAAUGCGCCCGUGUGAAUCGAAAGGAACAGAAUACAACAUGACUGUCGCAACCUUCAAAAACCAGCACUGGGCAAGGUAAAGCAGGAAAAGAGAGAACAGGGCAAGCAAGUAGUAAGGCUUCUUGGUCGGUACUGGGGUCGGUACUCGGGAGUGUCAUGUUGAAGACGGGACUGAUGAUUCCAACGGUUGUCGUCAAAAGUGGAGUCUGUCUUACACCAUGUGAGAGAGAGUGAGACCAUCCCGUCUGCUAGCAAUGGAGACAUUUGG